UCCCCCCCUCCCCCAUCUCUCUCUCUCUCUCUCUCUCUCCCUCCCUGUGACUGUCUCUGCAACACAACCAUCAGGAUGGACGCAAAUCAAAGCUCCAAGAAGCGAAAGCUUCCGCCUACCCCAUCCCAUCCCUUGGUAGGCAUCUCGACCCGCAGGAAAUCUCAUAUCCAGCUCCACCGCACAUUGCACAACAACGAUUCCUCUUAUCCCCUCAAAAACGAUCUCCGUGUCCUGAUCAAGGAUCUCCGCACUAGAAGGGUCUUUUCGCCCAAAUCAAUUGACUCGUAUGGUCCGAAUCUCCACGAAAAUGUAAAUAGUAUUCAGAAAUUAGGCGUCGCUGUUGAGAAUUUAGAUCAAGGGAUUUCUUGCGGAGGCGGUGAGAAUAUGGACAAAAAAAACUUGGUGUUGUCUUCUGCUGUGGAGGAGUUCCGAUUGGAUGAACAUAAUGGGGUUUAUCCAUAUAAUGAUGAAAGUGAAGAAGUUCAGAAAUUUGAUUUUGGGAUUUCUUGUACAACCCAGGAUUUGGUUGGUGUGAAUCCUAGUUCGUUGGCGACCGAAGGAAAUGGACUAAAGGGUGAUUCGGAAGAUAAUGGUGUAGAUGAUGGUGAAAAUGAUGGGCUUCCGAAGGGAACUGGUGAUUUGAAUGAAUGCGAAUUUCAGACGACGCCGCCUGAUUCUGAGGCGUUUGGUAAUGGGCAUGCUAAUGAAAAAGGAGGGAAGCCUCCAAUUGGAAGUACUCAAAGAAUUGAUACGUGCGUUGGACGGGCUUCUGGUAACGACUAUAAUGAGAAGAAGAAUGACUCAAUUUCUUCCUUCAAGUCGGUGCUCAAACCAUGUUCUAGACGGAAGCUAUUCAAAACUCCUGGUUCAUUUAGCUAUAAAAGAAUGCUUCCUUUUCUGAUGGACAUCGACAAAGACAAUUCUUAUAUUCCAGAAAGUGCUGAGUGCCCAAAACUGGUGAAGUGUUUGGGACAAAAGUUGCUCCAACCAAAAUUGGGUUCUAAUGGUCAAGAAGCUGCCAUGCAUAAAUCUAUUACAAGCAGCUGUUCAAUGGAGUGUUACACUGCUGACUCUGGCAAUUCUGCCAAUGAGUCAUCAGAUGGUAACAUGGCGGAUUUAACAUCGUCUAAACACUUUACUGAAUCAUUAAUACCAAUUGAUUCGAAAAAAUUGGUUGAUGAUCGCCAUGAAAAGCUCUUUGGGAAUGGAAAAAUUCAGAAAUUUGAGUUGGGUUUUACUAGUAAAGAUCAUGAGAUUGACUUAAAACCUGUUCUGUCUUCGGGUUUGGAGGAUAAUGCAAAGGGUCAGAGUGACAAUGUAGAAACUGAGAAAAGGGCUACCAGGAUUCCUAGCGAAGCUCAAGAUGACGAUGUAAACACCCAGUUGUCUUGGAUUAAAUACGAGUGUCAUCCAGGAAGAGAUUAUGGAGUUGCUCAGCGCUCUGAUGAUGUAAAGCAGUCUGAGACUGGAGGAAUGAAGAAACCUAGUAAUUUUCCUUGUAAAGCUCUGAGUUUGAAUCCUAUUUUUUCUGAAUUAGAUAACAACAAAUCAUCUAAUUUAGAGCUGAGAUAUGUUGAUGAUGGUAUGGUUCAAAGUCAAAUCGAUGAUUCAAAUGAAGAGCAUGUCCAGAUGACACCAGAUGCUGAGGUCUUUACUAAAGCAGACGCAGAAGAAAAUGAAAGUGCUAGAGUGGAUUUUUUUUGGGAAGAGUACAGAUCAUGGCCUUGGGAAGCCACUUCUUGGAAGUAAUACAAGAAGUACUAGCCGUGCUAGUGAUAGGAGAAACUCCAAUUCUGUAAGCAAACUGAUCUUAAAUCCAUGCUCAAGACUUAAGUUAUACAGAAGUUAUGGCUCAUUCAGCUAUAGAAGAUUGCUUCCAUUUCUUGUUGAGCUUGCAAAAGAUAAUUCUA